GCUGUUAAACAUGCGCGAACCAGCAAUGGGUUCCUCCAGACCGAGUUCGCAGCGGUGGGAGCCAGAGAUAUGCGCGUUCAGCGCGCAUCGCGGACCCAACGACGGACAGACAGCGCAGCCACAUGAACGACUGCGCAUCACAUGUACCUACACUUCGUCCUCCACCCAACCAAGGACCAUUCUCUCCUGAACUCGGAGAAUUCUCGUGCAUCGGUCAUGAACCCUUUAUUUUCUGCCAGCCAGAUGGUAUGGCAUGUAUGGUACGGCGAAGAAGGAAAAGAACGGUCGGGCCGGUAAUAUUCUACAGUACUGUAGUUAUGGCGAUUCGUGUUCCAGACACAACUUGUCAUGCGAUGAAACCUCCUGCCUCGACCGCUUCACCGACACGACUCAGCUCAACAUGCGAUCUACAGGAUGAGCCCUUCAGAUCCCGCCUAUCCUGCCCACCCUUCUGGAAUGUUGGAAUGUGAUCUUCGUGCACUUCCCCCUGUCAGGUCAUGAUCCGUUUUCCAGUCCUGGAAACCCGAGUGAUGACAACCUCGCAAGCUGGUCUUCAAGGCUUGACAUUGGACAUGGAUCCUGCUUGAGCCAGAAACCUGACGCAACCAUCAUGAGUAUCGAGCUUCUCCGUACAGUAGUUUCUGCCGAACUUUUGAUAAGUUUCCUGUCUUACAUUGUACAAAUUGCCGUGCAAAACUAUUUCCAUCUCCAUAUCGGAACCAGACAAAGUCGAGAAAGAUUC